AUGAACAAAUUGAUGGAUAAUUUAGUUCCUGUUUGGAAACAAUAUCUGUACACAUGGCAAUCCCUUCGGAACAUUCCUUUUAGAAAGAAGUGGUUUAUUGGCUACGACUUGUCGGGUAAUACUUAUUGGGAGUUCAUAGUUGAGAGAAAUAGUAAGAACUAUAGGCGGAAGAUGGUCCCAUACCAAAGAAAGGAUUUUAUGCAUGACUAUUACGAAUCUGUUCCACCACAAUGGCAGCAAUGGCUUCGAUUUGUGAAACAGCAUCCUCCCACUCUAACGGAACUGAUAGCGGAUCGACAGAGGCAGGAAGCCAUCAAGGAAUUGGCAAAGAAUGCCGAUAGACGUUGGCAAUUGGAGACGCAAAAGCAAGAAGAUUACGAUAAUUGGAAGCUUAACAAAGAACUAAACAGAAUGAAUGUGAGGCAAACCCCAGGGGGAAGGCCGCCGCCCUUCUCCGGAAAGUCCACACACUCCAACGAUGACCCGAUCUCUUCUGCCAACGUGAAGAGCAAUAGGUAA